ACAAACAACAAGCUCCAAUACAUCCGUCAUACUCCAAGUUUCAAUCAGCCACAGUUAAUCUCCACCACAAUCUCUCCAAAACCUGAAGCACGCACAGUCCCCGAACCACCCUAUUCACCCACACACCGAGCACUCGCAAACGCCCACCAGCCGCACUCUUGAGGGAGGGCCAUCACUACUGUACUAGUACAGCUCAGCUACCGCAAUGAAGGUCCUGAACCCCCGAACAGCCUUCCUCAGCGACUACGAGGUCCUAAAACACCUGACAGAGACGAAAGCCCGGUACAUAGCGCUCGGCCAAUCCCAAGGCACAGCUCACGCCAUGAAAUCCAGCAAUCUAGAAACCAUAAUGAAAGAAGUCCUACCCCCCCCCCCUCCUCUCCUCCCUCUUCCCCCUCUCCGUUCCCCUUCUAACAGCUUUUCAUUUUCAUUUUUUUUAGCACAGGUAAGGGACUACCUCCAGACCACCCCAGCCGCAACCCAAUCCGAAGAAGCGAUAUCAAACUUCAUGCACGAGAUCUCAACCUUUGCGCUGGAGAAGGCGGAGUUGCUCAUGAUGGUGAAUUGCCGGCCGAGUAGUAUCGCCGAGCUGGACUGCAUCGUGGAGGAGAUGGAUCAGAGAUUCUCCGAGGAGGAGUCUGCUGAGAUGCUGAGGGUUGUCAAGAGGAAUUUGCCGCCCGGGCCGAAGGAGGGGGAUGUUAUUGGGAGUGGGUGAUUAGUAUGAGAUUGUUUUGGUCGGGUGGUCCCGGGGGGGGAGGCGGGGGUUGGCUUGUCAAACCUCGCUGUCCCGGAAUUCGAGAAUACGGAUACCUCGCUGUCCCGUACGAAAUUCUCCGAAUUCAAAAAAAAAUUCACACCAAAGCUUGACCCGUUGUCCCAGACAGUUCGGAUUUUGGUCGCCUGAGAUAGCGAGGUGCGGCUGCACUUAAUGGCUAUGGCUUUGCGUGAUAUGAUAUGGUACGAUCGUGCUGAGGCACUUGGCGGCUUUGUAUGACAUGAUAUGGUACGAGUGGUAUUGGGAUUACGAGUCACGUAUACGCAUUCUGCGAUGAGUCUGUAAUAGGGUCAAGUCCUUUAAAUUUUGAUGUGUAUGUACAAAUUCAGGUAUUACUACCAGUGUCUUCGCGGAAAACCUAGCUUUCCACGGAACGGGGAAAAAUAUCCAUCUCAUCCCAGCACAUUCAAAGACCGAGUGACCAAUUAUGACUACCACCUCGGCUUAUGCCCAAACUGCUCUUC